GGCAGGGCGGGGGCCGGAUCUCCGAGGAGCGGACCCGCGGAGCUGCCGGGAAGAUGCUUUCUUGUCCCCCCAGAGACAGUUGCUGCUUUAGCCCCAGACCUGUCUGACUUUAGUGGAGAGAUCAUGACUGAAGUCCUCUUUUCAGCUGUUUUGAAUGGGACUGAAACCAACAUUCUGUCAAACACUGGCUGGACUCUGGGAAAUGCCACUACCAAAUGUUCCCUAACCAAAACCGGCUUCCAGUUCUAUUACCUGCCCACUGUCUACAUUCUAGUCUUUAUCUCUGGAUUCCUGGGCAAUAGUGUGGCGAUCUGGAUGUUUGUCUUCCACAUGAGGCCUUGGAGUGGCAUCUCAGUUUACAUGUUUAAUCUGGCAUUAGCUGAUUUCUUGUAUGUCUUGACACUCCCUGCCCUCAUCUUUUAUUACUUCAAUAAAACUGACUGGAUCUUCGGAGAUAUCAUGUGCAAACUGCAAAGGUUCAUCUUCCAUGUGAACCUGUAUGGCAGCAUUUUGUUUCUGACUUGCAUCAGUGUGCACAGAUACACAGGGGUAGUGUAUCCUUUGAAAUCACUUGGGAGACUGAAGAAAAAGAAUGCUGUUUACAUCAGUACCCUUGUUUGGGUCAUUGUUGUAGCUGGGAUUUCUCCUAUAUUGUUCUACUCUGGAACUGGGCUAAGGAAAAAUAAAACCAUUACAUGUUAUGAUACUACAACUGAUGAUUAUCUGAGAAGUUACUUCAUUUACAGCAUGUGCACCACUGUGUUUAUAUUCUGCAUCCCAUUUAUAUUGAUUCUUGGUUGUUACGGACUAAUAGUGAAAGCUUUGAUUUACAAGGAUUUGGACAAUUCUCCUCUUAGGAGAAAAUCAAUUUACCUGGUUAUUAUUGUGUUGAUGGUCUUUGCCGUGUCUUAUCUUCCCUUUCAUGUGAUGAAGACAUUGAAUCUAAGAGCCAGACUGGAUUUUCAGACUCCACAAAUGUGUGCCUUCAAUGACAAAGUAUAUGCCACUUACCAAGUGACAAGGGGGUUAGCUAGUCUCAACAGCUGUGUAGAUCCUAUUCUGUAUUUUUUGGCAGGUGAUACCUUUAGAAGUAGACUUUCAAGGGCAACCAGAAAAGCGUCUAGAAGAAGUGAGCUCAAUGUGCAAUCAAAAAGUGAGGAAGUGACUCUCAAUAUUUUAGCAGAAUAUAAAGUGAAUGGAGACACGAGUUUGUGAAUGCAAAAGAUUUGCAAGCAGUUGCAAAAAA